CUGUGGGAUAUUGUGAGGAAAGUGACUUUUUAAACACAAGUCAAAAAUCACAAUAGAAAUGUGAAGUAUUUCUUAAAUUCAAUACAUUUUAGUAGUAUGCUUAUUAAUUCGUUAUUAUAUUUCACUUAAUUGUACAUUUCAUAUCAUUUAUAACAAUGGCUAAAAGAAAAGCAGGCGUUAAUGAUAUCGUUUUUGAAUUAGAUAAUGAUGACAUUGAAAUAAGUAGUGACGAUGAUGCUAAAGAACCGAAAAAGGGUCGACUUGGAACUGAAAACGUUAAGAAAUCUUGCGAAAAUAAAAGUACAAGUGACCGUGAAUGUGUUGAAGUUAUUAGUAUUGAUAGUUCUGAAGAAAUUUUUUCAGAAGUAGAACCGCUAAGCAAAGUUAAUAAUGGAGGGAAAAUACCUUCCGAAAAAACAUUAAUAAAAACCAACUUUAACGUAAAAAGUGACACAAAUAACAUACAUAUUAAACAAUCGAAAUUAGAUAAUUGUCGAAACCCCGGGAAAGAUUGCUUAAAUACGAUAAUAUUAGACAAUGAUAUAGUUGUUGAUUCACCUGCUUCUAACAGUGAUUUGGGUGUUGUCGGUUGUGAAAAUAGGACACCGUUAAUAUCAGUGCGUUUUAAAGACAAAAAAUUAGCUCAUGUAUAUAAAAAAAAGGUAAAAGGCUUUCUAAUUAACCUUUUAAAAUCAAGGAGUGAUGAAAAAAUUAAUGAUAUACAUGAAUCUGAUAAUGAACUUGAUAUUUGGCCAGAGGACUUGGUAGAUGAGGACUGUAAUAAAGAGGAAAUACCUAAUCCAAUAGAUGAUGGUUUGUUCUUUGUGGACACAGAACCUUGUGAUGAUAAGCACAUAGAAAUACCCAAAUAUAGUCAGAAUUCAGCAGUCAUAUCAAACAAAGUUGAAGAAGAAAGUCCUCCGGUGUCAUUAAGGAGGCGACAAAUAUGUUUCAAUUGUGAUGGUGAACACCAGCUCAGAGAAUGCCCCUUACCCAGAGAUAACCAGAGAAUAGCUGAGAACAGGAAAGCUUUUCCUGCUAAAGUGGGACGUUACCAUGUGGAAGAUGACCAAAAGUAUGGACACUUAGUUCCUGGUAGGAUAUCAUCUACACUGAGGAAUGCAUUGGGACUGAAGAGAUAUGAACUGCCGUUACAUAUCUAUCGCAUGAGGUUAUUGGGUUAUCCACCUGGAUGGUUAGAAGAGGCUCGUAUAUCACAUUCUGGGAUCACAAUGUUUGACUCCACUGGUACUGCAAUCUUGGAUCCUGAAGAAGAGGAAGGUGAAGUUUGCGAACCAGGUUCUAAAGACAAAUUUGAUAUAAAGAAGAUACUAGACUUUCCCGGUUUCAAUGUUUCCGCCAGUUCGCAGUAUGUAGAGGAAGGACAUCUGUUCGGUCUGCCGCCUAUGUCGGAGCAGGACAGUAAGAUGAUAAUGCUACAAACAUUAGCUCCUAAUGCCGUGAAGGCAUACAAGCGCAAGAAAUUGCUUUUGUUCCCUACAUCUAAUAAUACCUCCUUGCAAGGACAGGCUGAAAUGGAAUUGGACAGUGACGAUGAGGUUGUAUUUCCCUUAAUUCCUCCUUUACCUGAUGAAGAACCUCCAUCAGUAGAGCCUCCACCACCUCCACCACCAUUGCCACCUCCAGAAGACAAAGUUGAAUCUGUUUCACCUAACAAGCCAUCCAAUAACAAAACAUCAACUAGUGACAGAAGUUCAUCUAUUGCUAAGAAAAAACAUUCAAGCAAUGAAAAGAUAGAUUUGGAGACGUCCAGCGACGUGGAAGUUAUAGAAGUGCUUCAAGUAAAUGAUAUACCAGUGCCAGAAGAUGAUUUGAUCACCAUUGAUGAAGAUUUUGAUGUAAGUUCUACGUCUCCAACAAGCAGCGGUCGACAAAGUCCAACCCUUGAUGAUUUAGAGAAAAAGAAAAGACUUCUUUUGAAUGCACUCAAAUCUGACAUUGUACCAGUCGUCGAAGCAACUAUUGACCUCUCAGAAUCAAUUGAAACGGAGGAAAGUGUAAGUGAAGCUGAUAGCGCUAGUGUUACAGAAAUCGAAGAAUCGAAGGGAUCACUAGAAAAGGAACAACUAAAUGACGCGAAAAAAGAAGUUGAUAGAGAUGACGGAAAUAGCGAAUCCGGAAAACAAAGAUCAUCAGUAGAUGUAACUGAGAGUUUAAUUGAAACUAAUGAGGUUGCAAUUUCUCCAGCACGAAAAACCGACCCAAAUGUUGAAAUAAUUAAACAAAAUAUUGACAAAGACAAAAGUGUUACGAAAGAACAUAGUAUUAACAAUGACAAUACUAUAGACGAGCAACACACUUCAAAAUCUAUAGAAGUUCCAAAAUCGUCUAAAUCUGAUACCGGUGAGACGGAAAUUAUAGAGCAAUGCAACGAAACAAAAGACAAUCAAGUGACUCCCGUCCCUUCAGUAUCACACGUAAAUGACCCAGAUAAGAGUGUAAAGACACCAAACUCAAAGGCAGGUCAAGUCAAAACCACACAGUAUGGUACACCAGUUAUAAAUGUCGCUUCGACAUACAUGAAAUUGCCUAGUGAAGAUAAGUUUUCCAAAGAUAUUUGUGACGUCAUUAAUUUUGAAAAUCUUCCAAACUCAACUGGUAAGUUCAAGCAAAUCAGUACUUUGCUUAAGAAAGUUAAAUCUGUAGUGGAUAUGAUACAGGAUUCAUGAUUAUAAAAGACCACCUUACUGCGAGGUGGUGUAUUGAGAAUUAAAAAUAAUGUGGAGGACAUUAAUAUAACUAUAAUCAAAAACCUUAUUUCGUUGUAUAUAAAAGAAAAACUCUACAAUAAAAUCAUAGUUUAACAUACAGGUAUACAAUUUUUUGAAAAAAAAAAACAAGGCGUUCUCGUUAACGUUGAAUUUGUACGAGAUUCGACGAAGAAAUAUUAUCUUAAGAAUCAAAAAAAAAAGUUUACCCUAAAAUAGCACUAAUUAUUGGUAUUUUUAAUGGUACAGUAUCGAAAAAUGCAAUAACAUCUAAAAAUAUUAUUCCAAUGUUUUGUACAUUUCCAUUAAUUUUAUACUUUUAUUGUUGAUUAUUUUCGUUUUCAAAAUAUUUGGUUUCGCGAGAAAUCAAUAUUAUGCUUACCAUUGAAUGUUACCGGUUGAUUAAUAUGAUAAGUGCCUAUAUAGGGUAGCAACAUAUCUUCUAUUAAGAUCAUACACGUCCAUUUACAAGUUCAUGUAAAUGACUAAUUCAUAGCGGCAGACUGCACCAUUUAUUAUCUUACAUAUUUUAUUACUUUAAUGCAACAUAAGUGUUCAAAAUGUUAUAUAAAAAAAAUGAUGAUCGUAGAACAACCGACACAAUCGUGUUGCGUCCAUAAUAAUGGAACCUUUAAAUUACGGAAUGUUGUCAGACUCGGGUACUAUCGGCUAUCUGAAUUCGUGAUGGAGGAAUGUUCUGGCAGGAGCUUGUUUACAUAAAUUAAGUAUAAUCCACAUGCUGUCAGAAAGGGAUGGGACGUUUUCGAAAUACAGUUAACGCGCAGUAAUUCGACAAACGCUUUGAAAGACGGUGUCAGAUGAUCGAAUUUAGUGAACUAUAGAGUAUCGCCGCCGACGCCUUCUAAUCCGGAUUUUUGAAGAGUACCUUACUAGAUUCUAGUACAUUAUAAUCUUACAAAUUAAAUGGCAGUUAAACCGCGAAUAAGUCACAAAAGGGUUUAAAAGCAUACAUUGACGAAUAUUUUCCUCAAUGCAAACGAGCCUUGUUUGUACUGUAUGGCCAUGUCGGAUUAUAGAGUUCAGGAUAAUCGUUAGCAAAGUGAACAAAAAUGUUGGACUACGGAGCAGGUAAGAAGGAUGAUUUUAACAGAUAACGUCUAUAUUCACUACAAGUGCCUGGGUGCAAGUAGUAUUCGAGCGUUCCCAUUUCCGCCCCAAAACGAUUUCUAAGAUACCUUUUGGGACGCUACAUCGAUGGUCGAUGACUUGACAAUCAUCGGCGAGAAGCCCGACGCGCAAUGCUCGGGUAUUUGUAACCCCUGUACCUUAUAUUAAGAUGGUUAUAACGGUACCUUUUCUUUCUACUUAUUAUUAAAAUAAGUAAAUAAUCGUACAACCAGAACUAAAAAAAUCGACUUAACAAGUAAUAUUUAGCGGACAUCGAUGCGAUUUUGCCGCUCUACCGCGAUGGCGAUUGCUUCCCGUAUAUGGUCUACAGCAAGUGGGUCGGCUACGCGAUUCGACCUUUUGCAUUCAAUUAAGAUCGCGCACGGAUUAUAAUAGGCUAAGUUCGACGUUUCAUAAUUGACAAAUUUAGGUAAUAAAUAACAAUGCAAUCUUGUACAACGCACCAACAUAGAGAUCGCUAGUUGAAAACAUCAGCCUAUUAUCAUAGUUCGUAAAAAGAUUAACAAAAACUUUUUCCUUUUUAAAAAAGUAUAUGCACUUAAGGAAAGAGAGGCAGAGCAUAUUUUAGUUGAAUAAAUGUAUUUGUGUAGAAAUAGUAUAAGUCUUAUUCUAUGCUCAAUUCUGUACAGUAAGUCGAAAUAAAAUAUUUUUGUAUCCUGGGUAAUACUUUAAGAUUUUAAAUGGUACACGUACCAUUUGCUUCAUUGCCCGCUUAAUUAAGUUUUUUAUUUUAAAUAUAUAUUAUAAAAAAAAAGUACAAUAGCGGCGAGGUAAAGUACAUGUUUUAGUUUUGUUGUGCUCAUGUUUUAAGCUUGUAUAAGUAACCGUUAUUUUUAAAGGGAAUAAAAUCAUAUUCAUAAGGUUUGUUAAAAACAAAUGAAACAACCAAAUAUUAUGUGUCAUAUUUAUUACUUUGCAUAUUAUACAAUCUUGAUUGUUGCCAUUAGAAUAAAAAGUGAAAGCAAAAAUUAAUCUAAUGAAAAAAAGUUAUUAAUCCGAAAACCCAACCCAAAAUAAAACAACUAAAAUUAAUGGAAUAUCACAAGCUGAACCAGACUAAUAAUCUGGUAAUUUAAACAACAAAAAAUAUCAUUAGUCAAUUAUGACCGCCAUAAAAAACACUAAUUGAAGGAGAAAAAACCGAAAAUAUAGAUUCAAAUUUUAUUUUACACGUCA